AUGGGGGAAGGUCUUACUCAUGUAGGUCCUGGUCCUGGGUUGGUUCUGCUUCUGUCCAGUAACUACCAGCAUUUUCUAGCCUUCGUUUUUGCCAUAGAAGAGAUCAACAAGAGUCCUCAUCUUUUACCCAACAUAUCUCUGGGAUAUGAGUUCCACAAUUUGCUUUUCAGUCGUAGGAGGACACUGGAAAGCUCGCUUAUUUUGCUCUCAGGACAGGAUGAGAUCCCCAAUUACUCCUGUAGGAGAGAGAACAAAUCCAUAGCAAUGCUAACAGGAAUCUCAUGGGCAACUGCUACUCAAAUUGGAAGCCUACUAGAAUUGUACAAAUUUCCACAGGUCUCCUUUGGCUCAUUUGACCAUAUGAUGAGUGAACAUGUGAACUUUCAUUCUCUCUAUCAAGUGGCACCAAAGGAUGCAUCUCUGGUCCUUGGCAUGGUCUCUUUGAUGCUUCACUUCAGCUGGAGCUGGGUAGGGCUGAUCAUCAUAGAAGGGCAUAAAGGUCUUCAAUUUCUCUCAGAUUUAAGAGCAGAGAUGGACAAGAAGAGCAUCUGUGCAGCAUUUGUGAAAUUUAUUCCAACUCCUCUUGUGUCAUAUACUUCAAAUCUACAGCCUCUUGACAUCCUGACAAGAGAAACAUCACUAGUGAAUGUGGUCAUUAUUUACUAUGACACUGCUGGUCUAAAUGAGGUAAACUAUAACAUAGGGCAACAGUUCGUGACUUGGAGAGUCUGGGUGACAAACGCACAAUGGCAGCCUGACAUGGCUGGAACAAAAUUCAUUCUUGAUUCAUUCCAUGGGACUUUCAUUUUUUCAAGUCACCAUGAAGAGAUUUGUGGUUUUAAGAAUUUUGUGCAGGCAGCCAAUCCUUUCAAGUACCCAGAAGACACGUACCUCACUAUGUACUGGUAUAACCAUUUCCACUGCUCAUUCUCUGAUACUGACUGUGCAUUGAAGAACUGUACGUCUAAUGCCUCUCUGGCAUGGCUGCCUUUGAAUCAUUUUGACCCUGCCAUGAAUGAUGCGAGUUACAAUAUAUACAAUGCUGUGUACGCAGUGGCCCAUGCCCUCCAUGACAUGCUUCUUCAACAAGCACAGAGACCAGUAGUGGAAAGUAAAAGAGUGAUGGCUUUUUCUGCUUGGCAGCUCCACCCCUUCCUGAAGAAUAUCCAAUUUAAUAAUCCUGCUGGAGACCAAGUGAACUUAGACAAUAGAAAGAAACUGAAUUCUGUGUAUGAUAUUCUCAAUUUUUGGAAUUUUCCUGAAGGCCUUAGACUUAAGGUCAAUGUAGGAAUAUUUUCGCCAAGUGCUCCACUUAACCAACAGUUGUCUUUAUCUGAUGACGUAAUAGAGUGGGCCCCGUGGAUUACACAGAGUCCCAGCUCUGUAUGCAGUGAGAGUUGUAAUCUUGGAUUCAGGAAAUCCCCUCAAGAGGGAAAGCCUACCUGUUGCUUUGUUUGCAUCCCUUGCCCAGAGAAUGAGAUUGCCAAUAACACAGACAUGGAGCAGUGUGUGAAGUGUCCAGAUAACCAGUAUGCCAAUACUCAAAAAUCGCACUGCCUGCAAAAAGCUGUGACUUUUCUGGCUUAUGAGGACCCCUUGGGGCAGGCUCUGACAGGCAUGGCCGUGAUUCUCACUGUUCUCACAUCUGCUGUUCUUGGGCUUUUUGUGAAGUACCGAGACACUCCUAUUGUCAGGGCCAACAAUAGGGGUCUCAGCUACACCCUGCUUAUCUCCCUUACCUGCUGUUUCCUCUGCUCCUUGCUCUUCAUCGGCCGUCCCAACACAGCCACCUGCAUCCUGCAGCAGACCACAUUUGGAGUUGUGUUCACUGUGGCUGUUUCCACUGUCUUGGCCAAAACCAUUACUGUGGUGCUGGCCUUUAAGGUCACUUCUCCAGGCAGAAGGAUGAGGCAGUGGCUGGUGUCAGGGGCACCAAACUUCAUCAUCCCGAUCUGCUCCCUGAUCCAACUUACUCUCUGUGGCAUCUGGAUGGGGACAAAUCCACCCUACAUUGACACAGAAGCACACACCAAACAUGGCCACAUCAUCAUCGUGUGCAACAAGGGCUCCCUCACUGCCUUCUACUGUGUCCUGGGAUACCUGGGCUCCCUGGCGCUUGUGAGUUUCUCUGUGGCUUUCCUUGCCAGGAACCUGCCUGAUACAUUCAAUGAAGCCAAGUUCCUGACGUUCAGCAUGCUGGUGUUCUGCAGUGUGUGGGUCACCUUCCUGCCCGUGUACCACAGCAGCAAGGGAAAGGUCAUGGUGGCCAUGGAGAUCUUCUCCAUCUUGGCCUCCAGUGCAGGGCUGCUGGGCUGCAUCUUUGUCCCUAAGUGCUACAUUAUUUUGUUAAGACCAGAGAGAACUUCUUUGCAAGAGUUCAGAGAUAAAACACAUCUUGUAAGAAAGAGACCUUAA